UGGUAACAUAAGGGUUGGAUAAAUAACAUCAGUCAACUUACCUGGUAACAUAAGGGUUGGAUAAAUAACAGUUAACGUACCUGGUAACAUAAGGGUUGGAUAAAUUACAUUGAACAACAGAACAACAAGAGUCAAAACAAUGUUCAGACAGACGGACACCUCGUCCAAGAGACGUCAUGGAGGACAUGGGGGUCUCACAGCCUUACCCUCGCCUCCUCACCCCCACCAGGGUGGGCGUAUCCGGGGGGUGGAGGUGGCCCGCGGGAGGGCAGGGUAUGGGUUCACCCUGUCUGGCCAGGGCCCCUGUGUCCUCAACUGCAUUCUGAAAGGAAGUCCGGCGGACUACGUGGGUCUCCGCUCCGGUGACCACAUCCUGUCCGUGAACGACAUAAACGUCUCCAAGGCGUCGCACGAGGACGUCGUCAAGCUGAUUGGCCGAUGCACGGGGGUUCUGCUGUUGGUCGUCGCCGAGGGAGACCGGGGAGGCCGUCGUCACGGACACGGCGGUACCAACCGCAACCGUCGCCACGGGAACAAUUCAGGAAGUCCAGCCGGGGGAGCGGCAGCCGCCGCGGACUCGUGCUCCAGCGACGAGGAGUUGUGUGGUUUCCAUAACAGCAGCGGAGGAGGAAACAACAAAAACGUGAAGCCGGGUUCCCGUGGUAACAGCGCCAGCGGAGGAGGAGGAGGAGGGGGGGGUGGUGGCUGGUUCAAGCCCAAGCUGGACUCUAAGACCCUGGGUAUUAACAGGGCAGAGAGGGUGGUGGCGGAGAUGCAGUCUGGAGGAAUCUUCAACAUGAUCUUUGACAACUCUUCACACUCCUCCAGCAGCUCAGAGAAAGACAGGGUCAUCGCUCCUCCUCCUCCUCCCCGUGCCUCCUCUUCCUCGUCUGCGUCGGCCAAGCCUGCGAGGCCCCUGUCAGAGCCAGAGUUCCCCCCGUACCAUAAGGGCCGAGGCCGUUCCCAUAGCAACCCCAACCUGCUCUCUGAGGAGGAGAUGGACAGGGUUCUAAUGGCCGACGACUCAGUGUUCCUGGACGGGUUCCAUCUGCAGGAGGCAGAGAUCCAGGUGGAGGUGGAAGGGGAGGACUUCUCCCUGGAGCCCAGCGAGGGGAUCCUGAACGUGGGUAUGAUGGUAGGGUACCUGGGCUCCAUAGAGCUGGCCUCUACAGGAGCUAGUCUGGAGAGUGACAGUCUGCAGGCCAUCAGAGGAAGCAUGAGACGACUCAGGGCUGAACAGAAGAUACACUCCCUGGUCCUCAUGAAGGUGAUGCACGAUUGUGUGCGGCUGUGCAGUGACAGGAGACAGGUCCUUGCUACCUACCCCGCCGAAAAGCUAGCCUUCAGCGCCUGUUGCCCCGACGACCGACGCUUCUUCGGACUGGUCACCAUGCAGGCCACCCAUGACGACGACGGUCACUAUGGCAAUGGUAACCGGGAGGAAGAGGGCGGGCUGAGGACUUCCUGUCACGUGUUCAUAGUCGACCCGGAACUCUGUCAUCACCAGGUCCAUGUGGGUGUGGCCAGGAGGUUUGGGUUUGAGUGUACUCCUGAUCCUGAUACUGGAGGGUGUCUGGAGUUCCCCCCUACCUCCCAGCCUCUGCUCCAGUUUGUGUCUGUUCUCUACCGGGACAUGGGGGAGAGCAUCGAGGGGGUCCGGGCGCGGGCGUUCGUUGAUCCGGACAACGACCCACAGCAGAACCACAGCACCAGUAGCAACAGCGACAGCGGCAUCGGUAACUUCCUGCCAGAUGAAAAGAGUAACCGUGUCUUAUUGGUUGACCUGGGAGGCCAUAAUCACAACCCCGGUCCACGCCACUGGGACAGCCCUCCUCCUCCCUCGGCCCCGGGCUGGAACCAAGUCCCUCCCGGUGUCGUCCCUGGCCCCCUCUCCCCCCUCCUCCUCCCCCUCACCUCAACAACAGCUACCCCCCGGCUCUCCCCCCUGCCAUCCCCCCUCGAGGGGCCCACUCCUCCCAGCCUUCACUCCACCACUACCCGCCAGGGAAGAGGGGAGGAUCUGGAGGAGGAGCGGAGCAGAGCCUGACCCAGCCCCAACACCACCAGUCUCAACGCUGGUUACCAGUCCAUGUCCUGAGAGACUGGAGACAACCAGGCCAGGCAGGACAAACGCAGGGACAAGGAGGGCUGUGUAGUGAUCAGGAGUCCUAUGCUGAGUCAACAGAUGGCUGGUCAUCAACGAACUGUAGCACCCUCCCGCCACCCAUGAACAAGAUACCUGCGGAUCGCUACAGGGCUCCACUACCAGCCGGGGACCUGCCCCUGCCUCCGCAGCCUCCCGGGCUGGCCACGCAGAAGGAUGAGUGGGCUAAGAAGCUGUUUGGGCCCGCGGCUGGUGAGAAAGGACUCAGAGAGCCCAAGCAGAAUGGGAAGAGACGUGGGAAUGGGAAAGAUGGGGAGAAGAAGGUAAGAGAGUCAUACAGUAUGUCAUGGUGGUGUUGGAGAGGUGUGUGUGUGUGUAGAAGUCAUACAGUAUGUUAUGGUGGUGUUGGAGAGGUGUGUGUGUGUGUAGAAGUCAUACAGUAUGUUAUGGUGGUGUUGGAGAGGUGUGUGUGUGUGUAGAAGUCAUACAGUAUGUUAUGGUGGUGUUGGAGAGGUGUGUG